CUCUCCUACUUCUUCCCCGAGCCAACGACGGGCCAACGAAGGGCCAAAGAAGGGCCACCAUGCCGCUCACCGAUGAUCAGCUAUGGACCCUCCAAGUCGUCGAGCGCGUCGCGUCAGGCUUCUCCCUUUUGGGUAUAACUACUAUUAUCGUUACCUUUUGCUUAUCAGAACACUAUCGGAACCCAAUCCAUCGUCUCAUCCUCAUUAAUUCUUUCUUCAACCUAUUCGAUGCAAUUGCUACGAUGAUAUCCCUCAGCGGCCCAAGAGCGGGAAAUGGCUCAGCUUUAUGCCAAUUCCAAGGCUUCUUGAUGCAAAUGUUUCCGCCGGCUGAUGUACUGUGGACAACCGCCAUGGCUUUUGACGUCUUCCUUAUUGUCUUCCAUAGAUACGACGCAGAAGCUUUGCGCAAGCUUGAAUGGAAAUACUUCAGUGUGAUCACUACACUUGUAUCAAUUCCUGCGAUAGCCUUCCUCUUUGUCAACACACAAGAAAAAGGCCCCAUGUACGGCAGUGUAACCCUUUGGUGUGCGAUAAAUCCUAAUUGGGUACUCUUCCGCCUAAUAUUUUACUAUGGACCAAUAUGGUUUCUCAUUUUAAUUGCUAUGGUGUUAUAUGGCCUCAUCGGCGUGAACAUUCUCAAGCGAAAGCAAGCGUUCAAAGCAAUCAGCAACGACUCUUUUCCUCUGGAAACUAUAUCCCAUAACGACGGCGAUUCAGACGACGCCAACGCCCAAGAUGGGGAAUCGACCAUCACCCUAUACCGCCGGCCACCGCCCAGUCGAUCAACAUUAUCAUUUAGACAAUACGUUCUAAUGCCUUUGAUGAUAUUCAUCGUUUUAUUGGCGAUAUGGGUCGCGCCAACAACCAAUCGCGUUGCUUCAUUUACCAAUCCUGGUUAUUUAUCAGAUCCGCUUCUGCUUGCUGUUGGCGCAACUGGUUCGUUACGGGGGUUCUGGAACGGAGUUGUUUUUAUCACUAUUGGCAUGAAAGCUCGGAAAGGGAAAACAGGGGCCGGAUAA